UCAAACUAACCAUGCUGAGACGUUUUAACCAUCGUAAGAAUUAAGACAUAAAUCGAAAAAUGGUCUCGAUUAUCAAAAAUCAGUUGCUGAAACAUUUGUCAAGGUUCACCAAAAAUUUAUCUGCUGAUAAAAUAAACUUGAGCACAUUCAAGGGUGAAGGAGAAUUGACAAACUUAGAACUCGAUGAAAUAGUCCUCACAGAUUUAUUAGAGCUGCCAUCAUGGUUAAGACUAACUAAUGCUUGGUGCAAUAAAGUUUCAUUUCGUAUUCAAUGGACCAAACUAAAAAGCGUUCCUAUCUUUUUGAGUUUGGAUGAAGUUCAUAUAGAUGUAGAAACAUGCGAGGAUUUGAGAAGUAUGUUUUCUCCGCAAGGUACAUCAUCAUAUACAGGUCCUACAAAAUAUUCUUUUAUCCAUAAAGUAAUUGAUGGAAUAACAGUAGCUGUUAAUACUGUACUGGUUACAUUUAAAAGUCCUGCAUUUAUUGCUUCAGUCCAGAUGAAUCGGAUUAUGGUAGAAUCAAAAUCAGCAACAUGGCAACGUUGUGAUCUCAGAACCACUAGAGUAAAGGAUCCAGAUCGAGGGCAAUUACUUAUCUUUAAGGAGUUAGAAUGGCAAACUGUUAGAAUAGAAGCCCAAAGUACUAAAGAUAAAAAUUUGACACCACUUCGUUUACUGACAAACCAAGCAAGAUGUCGGAUAACAAUAAAAAAGAGAAUAUCAGAUUGUUUUGUUAUGGGGUCCAGAUUAGUAAUUAUUCUAGAUGACCUUUUGUGGGUGCUAACAGACUCACAAUUGAAAGCUGCACUCCUUUUUCUUGAUUCUUUGGGUGGUCUUAUUGAAAAAGCCACCAUUCUUGAACGAAAAACAAAAGCUGCAAGAAAAUUAGAGGUUUUACCAGAAUAUCAGGCUCAAAUAUCUCAACAAAGCAGAACAAAGUCUCAAUGCAAUUCAGCAAUAUCAAAAAUAUUUACAAGAUAUGAUGUUGUAGAAACAUCAUAUCACUUUCUUUCACAGCGCAUUGAUCUUCACUUAUGUGAUGAUGCUGGUGGAGGUAGAUCAUUACAUCCUGAUCUGAAGGAUGGUGGUGCAUUACAAAUUUCAUUAGUGAAAUUUCAAAUUGAUUAUUACCCAUAUCAUCUGGCAAUGGCAGAUAGAAAGCAUUGGGCCAAAUAUAAAGAGAAUGCCACACCUCAUAGUCAGUGGUUGCAACAAUCAUUGAGUUCAUUUCGAAGUCAGUUUAUGGAUCUCAUAGAUUCUGGUAGAACACAGCAUUCUCCUUUAACAAGAAGCCAAGGAAAUGUAACAGCUAGUGGUAUGAAAGGCUCUGGGGAACAUUUGGAAAAAAAUAAUCAGUCUCAAAAUCCAAAUGUUACAUCAUCUGAACAGAAAAAGUCUCAGCAUCCUAGUGGUAAUCCAGUGAAAAAUUAUGUCUUGGAACAACUUGCUAAACUGAUGACAACGUGCAUUAUUAUCAGGAUCGACGAUUUUACAUUAUACAAAGUGACAACAACAUCGCGUAAUCCAAUACCGAAAGAAUUUAUCACAGCUCAAGCGAGGAAGAAGCAUACACCAGGCGAUCGUGACCGAUUCAGUCUUCCAGAAGAUGUAACAAUACUUCAUGCUGAGUUUACUUAUUAUUAUUAUCCAGGGGAUAUUACUUUUCCAUUGCCACCACCCAAGUUUUAUGUACAGCUUAAUCCUAUUCAAAUAAACUUUGAUGUCUGUUCGUGCCUUUGGUUUAACUCUUUUGCAUUGAAUCUUCAUUAUUCUCUUAUGGGAAAAAAGCAACUGAGUUCUGCACGUUUAACAUAUUUUGAUGUAAAGAUAGAAGCUAUACUUCCAAGAAUAGUUUUUGAAAGUCAGCAAGAAUACCCAAAUCAAAAGGACAGACCGAAGUCUUUGCAUCUUCAAACUUCCAGGGCAUCUAUAACGAAUGUACGAUCUACGGAAAGAUCUUCGAGAUCAGAUUUGGCGCAGUGUCUGAAUGCAUUUCAGAUGGGACAGAUGUUCUUUGGCGCAGAAUUUCCCAGUAAAUCAGAAGAUUUCCACGUAGUGACGGAUAAAUUUUUAGCGCAUUGCGGAGGCGCUGAUAAUAUCAGACAAAUACCGCCCAAUUUCAGUAGCAAUUCUGUAAAUGAGCUGCUGCGUCAGAUGAAUAGAGAACUCUUGUGGACCGAGGCAAAGGAUGUGUGGUGUUGCAAUUUCGAGCCUGUAUGGGGAGAUUUUUUUGGCGCACGGGCUGUCGGUCAAAAUCGACCCGUGCCAUUUCUAGACGCAUUUCCUUUGACAUUGUGGUGUCAUUUUACCGCGAGUUCACCGUCAACUAAGGAAAAGCCCUUGGGUGCCGAUAUUCACGGAUUAGCGUACAUAAGCAAUCUAGUUAGCGUACAAAUAAAUCAUUAUCAAUACUUAUUCUUACUCAGAUUGUCGGAGAUAGUUUCCGAAAUGGCUACGUAUCUGGCCGUAGACUCGAAUAAGAUUUUGAAGGUUGAAAGUGGUGGAUCGUUAAUCGUAGGCGCGUUGAUACCACAAGUGGAGGUGACAUUCGUGAUGCCAUCGCAUACACCCGGUAAGGAGAACUCCGGCGGUGAUUUAGAAUCCGUUGUGUGUCCUGAUUCAUCCAGCAUAGCGGACGAUCUCAUCGGUUCGUCCACAGCUUGGCACACCGGUACUGUGAGUGCGCGUGUCGAUUUUGGUGCCAAAAGAACGAACACGAGUAACGAUGUAGAGACGCCUCAAAGUGAAGCGUCGUCGAUGUUGUCAAUGGAUUAUUCACAUUCUGUUACUACAUCGCAACCAGUCGUCACUUUCAAGCAGAACGGCACGAAGAAAGAUCCAGAAGGUCCAGCUAAUCCUGCGAUGUGGUGCAUUCCCGAGAGUUGCGGAUCACAAUUUACGGUUGUCGGUACGAGUGACGAAAAGAAACAUACGACUGAAGCUACACAUAAUAAACACAGCAAGUCAGAUUCGAUCUCAAACACGCCCUUUAUUCCAAAUAAUUUCAAUGUCAAUCUCUCGUCUAUGAAAAAGGGAUUCAGUAACUUAAUGACAUCAAUUGAUUCGGCUUUGAAAGCUUCUCCAGAAGAUGGUAGUAGCGAUACGAUGUCCAUGAGAAGCGACGUUAGCUCGGAUAGUGAGAAUUACGUUUUGGUGAAUCUUCAGGAUCAAGGAAAGAUCGACGCGGUAUUUGGUAUCGAUAAUACGAUUAGGAUUACGGCGGUAGAAGAAGCAACCGAAGUGAUAGAAGAAACGCCAGACACGCAAAGCGAAAAAUCUAUGGAUAGUGUAUGCAAAAGGAAAGAUAUAGUUUCCAUGGUAACAUUCAAGCUAUCAAAAGUUGAAUUUAUACAACAAUCUUGCGGCUAUUCAUCUGUCAUUAAAAUUCAAGUUUCUAACAUUGACAAUGAUGAGUGUUCAUCUAUUCCUUGGGAUGAGUUUCAGACCAAGUUCAGCUCGCGAUCUCGAGGCUGGGUGGAAUUACCGUCCGAUUCAGAUUGCAGAUCGCGCAUUAAAUUACGUUUGGAUCAUAAUUUAAAAGAUGCGGACGAUUCUCACAGACUUUGGGAUGCCAGCAAGAAAAUUACCAAUGGUAGUGAUGGUAGGCCAGCGCCUCAAAAUCGCGUUAAAUUACCUGAACAGGACACACCCCGUACAUCUGGCAUCGAUGUGCACGAUAAAGAAAACGUUAUGAAUUUAUUCGAGGACAAACUAGACAUGAAAGUCGCUAAUGUAGCGAUGGCGUUAUCAAUGAGCUCAGUGACGGGUUUAGCGGAUUUGGCAGAAGACGAAAUCAUACCUAAACCGAUUCCCAUGCAGAUAUAUUUGGAAAAUAUAUCGUUACGUUUGAAUGAAGAUCGUCCUCCCAAUAACAUAACUUCCCCGGGUCCGAUUCCGAUAGAUUUGAAUAUUUCCAAACUUAGAAUAGCGCGAGACAUGAGCGGUGUGUUUCACAUCGAACCAGUUGUAACUACAAUGGAGGAGAACCGUUCAAAUAUGAUGUUAUCGAGUGAUAAUAGUCACCCCCUUAAGAAUGUAGAAUGCGAGAAAGAAUUGAAUGUUUUGAGACAAUCUAGUAGACAAUUGAAAUUGGAUAAUGAGGAAUUGAGACGUCGUAUGGGAGCUAUGGAAAGAUUAUCGGAAGAAAACGCGAGAUUAAUGCGCGCGAAAGAGGAAUCGGAUAUAAUGAGAUCUCGUUUGAGCAUUGCAGAAGACAAUAUCGCGAGUCUUCUGGAAGAGAAGAGAAUCUUACACGAAACUAUAACUGAGCUGCGUAAUCAAAGACUAGAAGGUUCUGGAGGUAGUAAUAGAGCUUCGUGGUCUAUUAAGAGAUAGCAUACCAGUUGUUUUGAUUGCUCCAAAUGUUGCAGCUCUACCAAGUCUUAAUUACUUGCACUUUCAAUAUUCUGCAAGACAUUUCUGUUGAUGAAGUUAGAAUAAUCUUAUGUAAAAUAAAAGACUUUCCAUUUCCUUAUAAAUAAAAAGAUUUAUAUUUAU